UCCUUCGUGAUCCUACGCACAUUAAACUUCCAUUUAUUUUGUUGCAGAGAAGGAGAGAUGUCCUGAGCGUGCUUUUACUCAGCGAGGGCGCGACUAUGAGGACGUUAUGGCGCUAUCUUCGGGCUUACCGUCUCUUCCUCAGCUGGAUGCUGUCGCUCGCUUAUGUGGGCUUCGGAGCAUUGGCUGUCGAUCCUUCGCAAUGCAUUGCUCCACUGGGGAUGGAGAAUGGACAGAUAAAAGACUCGGAUCUAUCAGCCAGUUCUUCCUUUGACAGUGGAAACGUCGGACCACAACAUGGAAGGGUCCGCACGGAUCGCAACGGUGGGGCAUGGUGUCCAUUGAAGCAAGCCACCGAGGAGCCCGAAGAAUGGAUCCAGAUCGAUCUACGUAGCGUCCACAUGAUCACGGCCACAGAAACACAAGGACGCUUUGGCAAUGGCCAAGGGAUCGAGUAUGCAGAAGCAUAUAUGAUAGAAUACUGGAGGCCUAGGAUUGGAAAAUGGAUUCGAUACCACAAUAUCAUGGGGGAGGAGGUAUUCCAAGGAAAUGUGAAUCCGUAUCUGGAAUCCAAGCAGCAACUGGAUCCACCUCUAUGGGCAAGCAAAAUCCGUUUCUAUCCAUACAGCUACCACAAGCGCACCGUAUGCAUGAGAGUAGAAAUAUAUGGUUGCAGAUGGACUGAUGGUAUUGUCAGCUACAGUAUGCCUCAGGGUGACAAGAGAGGAAAUAACUGGGAAUUCUACGAUUUUGGCUAUGAUGGACACUGGGAGGGGCAUGAGUUAAAACACGGCCUCGGAGUGCUGACCGAUGGAAAAUAUGGACAAGAUGACUUCAAGACUGAUAUUUACGAAGUCCAGACAUGGGUGGGAUGGAAGAAUGAAACCAGACACAAUAAACCGAUUGAGAUUAAAUUCGAAUUCGACAAGGUUCGAGAGUUCUCAGCUGUGCAUGUUUACUGCAAUAACCAGUUCACCAAGGAAGUACAAGUUUUCUCGAUAGCGAAAGUUUUCUUCAGCAUCGGCGGGAAGCGGUUCAAAGGCGAACCAAUUACGUACGAAUACAUGGAAGACAGAAUCUUCGAAAAUGCGAGAAAUGUCAGCGUCAAACUGCACCAUAGAGUAGGAAAAUACGUAAAGUUGCAACUGUUUUUCGCUGCAAAGUGGAUAAUGAUCAGCGAAGUCUCGUUUGACUCGGUGGUGGCUCAUGGAAAUUUCACACCAGAACCGGAACCCACUACCGUGUCACCACAAGUCAAAUCUCAUAACGGAGAGAGGCAUGACAAUAAGAUUGAAAUUCCUGUCCCUAAUGAAAUAAACGAACCUGCUGUCAUUGCUAUCAUAAUCAUAGGACUAACUCUUGUGAUACUCCUGUUAGGUGCUAUAAUAUUAGUAAUCUACCGAUUCCGAAACAGGAAAUUAUUCCGUAGCCCAAAUUCCUCAAAUAUGGGCUUUCCGGCUAAUACCCUGCCUCAUAUGCAACCCGAGUCAGUAUGAGCGAAAAAGGAAGUUCUAUUGAAGCCUAUGGAGUGACGGAGAUAGACGACUACAGAAAAAGUCAUGGAACAUUGAAAUCAAGCCUAAAGUCUACGCUUCCUUUACCACAUCCUACAAACAUCGAAGGAAAUGAAUAUCAAGAACCAUAUCAGGCAAUGAAGUUUGCUCCAUACUAUAGCUAUAGUUCAGUGGUGCUUGAAAUGCAGGACUCUAUGCCUAAUCACACAAAGAAAAACACAAUCAAUUAUGCAUACGAGUAUGCAGUCCCAGAGGCAGGUACAUUACCGCUUCUAUCUUCUGCCGAGCAGAAUACCUUACCGAUGACAAGGAACAGAUUGAGCAGUAUGUCUUCUAAGGGACCAAGGGUGUCUAUUAGGAGCACCCAUAGUGAGGGAAGUAGAGGAGAAGGAAAAAGGUCUCCAACACAACAAGAGGCAUUGUCUGCUCUAAGAAAGCGCUUAGAGCAAACAACCAUAGUUGAGUUUCCCAGACAUAGGUUAAGGAUGUUAUCAAAGCUGUCCGAAGGCGCUUUUGGAACAGUGUACAUAGCAGAAGCUGAUGGAAUAAACGAAUAUUCCACAUCACUGACAUUAGGCACAAGACUUGUAGCUAUUAAAUUUUUAGGGGAAAAUGCUUCAGAAAAAGAAAAGAAAGAUUUCUACAGAGACGUUCGGAUCUUAGCAGCCUUAGAUGAUUCAAACAUAGCGAGGGUGUUAGGUAUCUGUAGCCAGGAUGAGCCUCUAUGUGUUGUCAUGGAGUAUUUAGACCACGGCGAUCUUUGUCAGUUUUUAAAGGUGCACGUAAUGGCCGACAACGCAUCCAACAUACCAUUCGGCGUAAAAUCGCUUUCCUUUGAUUGCCUGAUGUACAUGGGAGUACAAAUAGCAUCAGGCAUGCAAUACUUGGAAUCACUGAACUUCGUGCAUAGGGAUCUGGCGACAAGAAACUGCCUGAUCGGAAAAGGCUAUCAAAUCAAGAUCUGUGAUUUUGGGACGUACAACGAACUAUACGUCAACGACUACUACAAGGUGGAUGGAAACACGCCAUUGCCUAUUCGAUGGAUGGCCUGGGAAAGUGUCUAUCAAGGAAGGUACACAACGAAAAGUGACGUCUGGUCCUUCGCCGUCACACUGUGGGAGAUCCUCACACUCUGCAGACGGCAGCCUUAUGAGCAACUGACGGAUCCCGAAGUAAUGGAGAACCUGGCAAGACUCCAUUGUGACGAUGGACAGUUCAAGUGUCUGCCCAGGCUCACCUCUCACAAAGACAUCCAUGACAUAAUGCUUGAAUGCUGGAGAAGACGCGACACAGACAGGCCUAGCUUCAGAGAGAUCCAUCUAUUUCUGCAGAGAAAGAAUCUUGGUUAUGCACCAGCUUAGAAUAAUGUUUAGACUGGUUUUAUGUGUAGAUACAAUAUGUGAGAUAUGACCUAUGAACCUAGAUAUUGUAGGUUCUUAAAUCAUUUUGCAUUAUUAAAGGAAAGAUUUAAUCGGAAAAUUCAUUUUGCUUGAUCUCAAUUAAGGUAUCUAACACAAUGUAACUUCAUUGUGAAGACUAAAAGCUAGCCUUAAUGACACCAUACUUGAAAUUUGAACAAGGCGGAACAUUCGAAACUACAGCGAUAGAUGCAACAACUAUUUAAUUCCUACAUACAACUUACAUAAUCUGAUAGUUUUCGAGUUAAAAGUCCCAAAAUCCACAAAUGCAUCGAAAUUUCGGAGAAAUAUUUGAACAUUUAUUGAGGGAUCUAGUGUUUAAAUCUGUUUUCAAUUGGAAACUUCAACUUGAGAGGCUACUAAAAAUUAACCACUCAUUGUGGAAUAUUUUUCCAAAGGAGUCGCAAUAUUUGCCUAGUUGCCUAUAAUAUGCCUGUGCGAAAUAUCGCUGGUUGAUGAGUUAGGAAGUGAAGUUAAAUUUUCAAAACUGCAUAGUCAAAUGGCUGGAUUAAUAACAGUUAAGAAUGGAAUAGGUUGCUAACGAGAAAAAAACGCACUAACAUAACAGUCAUAUGACAUGUAGUAUUAAAAUGUAAAUAUCUUAAAAAUUGUUCGUUCAAAUGAAUCGGUAAAUCACAUUUUAUUAUUGUCUCCUGAAAAAUUGAAAUUGUGUGAAUUAUGAGAUUUUUGAAAUGAUUCAACUUGAAAUUAACGUAGACUAAUCCUCUUUAUGUAGAAAUGUUUGCUGAAAAAAUGCAUAUUCAUAUCCUUCAUAUUAAGAGACCCGGCACUGCCAAUUUGAUAUCACAAAAUUAGCCUACGUUAUAGAGAAAAAACAGCCUAAUUAGUGAACGACAUUUUACUAAGGCAUAUUUCGCACAUCAUUAUUAACUAAAGUUCAAUAAAAAAUUGCUUUUAAUACAUUCAUUACAGACUAUCAUGUAUGAAUAAUUUAUAUGUAUAAGGUAAUGUAGUAAAGAUGUAGCGUUCUGUUCAACAUCUACUAAAAUUAUAGUUUAAACUAAAACUGAUGAAUGCAGGAAGCCUAGGAAGACUGUUGAGCUAUAGAGGGAACAACUUGUAAAUAGAACACAGGGUGAUAUUUCGUUUUAUAUUUCCUUUAUGAAUAGUAUUUAUUUUAUAGCAACCUUUGAAAAAGGUCAGCUUUGUUGAUUUUUUUUUUCAAUUGAGGGUGAGAUGAAAAAAACUUAAGUGUAAAGAUAUUUAACUUGACAUCACACUCUACUAAAGAUGGAUAAAAUAUAACUGUUGAAAACAGCAUAUGAACAUGCCACUAUAAUGUGUAAAACCAAACAGGGUCAAACUAAAUGCUUCCUUGCAGAAACAGCUAUGGAAAGCUAUAUAUUUUUGCUCUAAUGAAAUUUAAAAAUUAAAUGAAAUACGUAAAAUUUCUCAUAUUUCUUAUAGAAAAUGUAUUCUUACAGUAAGUUUUUUCAUUUACCCCGAAGAAAUGAAUUUAAAUGUAUAUGUAUAACUCUAAGAUUAUAUAGUAGACCUAAGAAAAUACUGAACGACUUUUCACACUGAAAUUUUUAUAUCUGCGGUCUACGUAAAACUAAGUUAGGAAAGAAAUGCUUAUGCUUUAAUCAUUCGUUAAGAAUUUUUCACAAGGCACAAUAAUUCAAGACAAUGUCUAGAUUCUAAUGUAAAAUUAAUAAUAUUUAAUGUUAUAUACUAUAUAUUUACUAGUCAAUUUGAGAUGCCUGUAAAAUACAGUUCAACGAUGGAAAUUGUGAAGUUUUGGAGCUUAGAAAAAAUGUAUGAAAAUCCAAUUCUAAAAAUGAAAUAUAUGUAGCGGAACUAUGCACGAUUAAAGUAGUAGAACUUCUAUCGCGUAAGUGCAAUAAUACGAACCUCUGAUAGAUUUUAAGUAUUUUUAGCAGAAAAGCGAAUAGCAUUCAUAGAUUCUGCGAAAAAAAAUUAGUGUUGAAAACAGACAUGCCUAUGAUAGUGAUAAUAGCAAUCCCACACUCAGGUUUUCUACUUUAAUCCUGUAUAUUGCAUUGCUUAUAGAUACAUAUACAGCAUUAAAAAUGAUAGUGGGCAGAUGUUUAUAGAAAAAUAAAGAUCUGAGCUUAUCAGUAUGAGAAAUAAGAAUAAAUCCGGACUAUGGCUAGAUCAGCAAGUAACGUGCUAUUUUGUAUUGAGUUUCUAUCCCACUACAAUCUGUUCACUGAAUUAGUAUUUACAUAAAUUUUAAAAUAUUCUGACAAAAAUGACCAAAAAUUAUAAAAAAUAUCACGUGAUUGUAUCCUCUAAGCAAAUUUUUUUUCUGUGAUAUAUUUUAAAAAUGAUACUUUGUCGCUAAUAAGACCUAUAUGUAUACAAAAACAAAUGAAACUGUUUUCUUUUAUGGAAUCAUCUUAGAAAUAAACAAAAUAUCUUUAUGGCAUUCAAUACAAGAAAAUCAUGUUAUGUCUUUGCUGACCUGCUAAGUUCAGAAAGUUAGAUGUGCAUUUAGUGAUGUAAAAAUACCAAUGAAUUUGAUUACUGGCGUCGUUAAAUUUUCUAUUUGCUUACGUGUAUUCAUACUCUGUAAUGGCAAUAUACUUUAUUUCUUCCACAGUUAUGUUUUCACGUGCCAAUAAGCUGCAUAUACUCAAAAAUAAUCACGGGAAUUCAUCCCUUUCUUUCACAAAAUGUAAUUUUCCAUAAUUCAGUCCAGUACAAUACUGUAUGUAGUAAUGAGUUCUAAUCACCUAAACAAGAACUCUGAUCAUCUUCAAAGAAGACAAACUGGUAAGACAGAUGUCAAAAAUCGAACAUUUACAAAUUGUAGGCUCCUCAACAAUGCCUAUAUUAGCAGUUAAACCAAAAAUAGCACAAAGACACGUCAUACUUUAAAUUUUUAUACUUAGCAUAUUCAUAACAAAAUAACCCAAUUAUUCUUCUGCUAAAAAAAAAGGCUCACUGAUUGCUUAGAAAGUACCCUGAAAUUUACUUCUUAAUCAAAUGGAACUCAUAUCCUACAUACAGUAUCUCACUUUCAGUUUUUUGUAAUCAAAAUCAUGUAAUACGUUCUUUCCUUGAGUGUUAUCAACUCUAUUUUUUGUACAAAUAUAACAUGUAGGUACCACUGCAUAAAAUUAUAUUUUUACAUUUCCUCAAGCAUUGUUACAAAUUGCGCAUACUUUUUAUUGACACUCUUGAACAUUUAUUUAGGUUCAAUUUAUAGAUUGAUGGAAUGUUUGAACAUUUUCAAUCAACUAUUAACUAGCAGAAAUACUUUUGGACACCAAGUUUUCCAACAAGGUUAUAAAAUUAAUACUCUAGUAUCAUAAUACUGGCCACUAUAUUUGUUUUUCUAUACAGAACAACAAGUGUCAUAUACAAAAGGAUAAUAUAUGUGUCCCAUAUAAAACAGAUCCCAAAUUAAAGGCAAAAUUGGAAUUACAUAGAAAACAGUAUUUUUCCUAAGAAUAUUUAUUCAGUGAAUCUUAAAGUACACUGGAUAGGACACAUCAGGAAAAUAUGCAAAUGAGUAAUUCAUGAUAAAAAUAACAAUUAUUUAAUUCAAACUUUGAGCGAAUUUGGCGACAGCCUUCACUUUUCUGUUUUCCUGAUUUAUAUGGUGAAUUUAAAAAUGCCAUUCUAAUACAUAAAUUGAACUUUGAUGUAUACUUGACCUAAAAAUCUCUUGAACAUUCCAGAUUAAAUGUAUUUAAGUGGCACGAAUAAUUAUUAUCAUUAGUUGUUAAUAAGUAUAUAAUUACUGCAAUACCUAUGUGAUUCAGUUGUUGUGCAUUUGAAUCUGCAAAUAAUAAUUGUCAAGUAACAUAUCAGUGAUUAUUCGAAUAAACAUCUAUUAUAAACCUUUGUAAUUUUAGUUUCCUUCAAGAAACCUAGUUCCUACCCAAUGUUAAGUUGUCCAUAAUCAUAAUCCUCCAUAUGGUUGCCUGGUCACUAAAUGAAAAUAGGUGAUGGUUUUUUUCACAUUUCGAUAAAAAAAGCACCAACACCCAACAAAC